CCCGUAUUCUUUCUGUUGAGUAAAUUUUAUGAAUGGAUUUCCCCUUUUGUUUCUGCUUUUAUUUUCAAUGGUGACGACGUUUUUAUCUCUUGUUCCUUGUUUGAUGAACACUGAGUUUAUUAGAACAAAAGGAAACAAUUAGAAGUGCUUCCAGUUGUUUGUCUUCUUAAGCCCUAGUCGAAAAUUAGAUAGCCGGUUAACCCUUUAUUUUCUUUGUUUCAUCUUUCCAGGGUAAGUGAUUUUUGAGCUCCAGUAUACUCCAUUAUGGAGGCUAUAAGGUCAACUGCUUCAAUGACUCUCCCCAGAGAACCAGCCAACUAUGAUGAGGUUUCUAUGCAGCAAAGUUUACUAUUUUCUGACAGUCUUGAGGAUUUGAAGAAUCUGAGAAAGCAAUUAUACUCUGCAGCUGAAUAUUUUGAGUUAUCAUACACCAAUGAUGACCAAAAACAUGUAGUUGUCAAUACUUUGAAAGAUUACGCGAUCAAAGCUCUUGUUAAUACGGUGGACCAUUUAGGAUCGGUGUCAUACAAAGUCAAUGAUAUGUUAGACGAGAAAGUUGAUGAAGUCUCUGGAACUGAGCUACGUGUAUCUUGUAUAGAGCAGAGAUUGAGGACUUGUCAAGAGUAUAUUGAUCGUGAGGGCCUCUCUCAGCAGUCCCUGGUGAUAAACACUCCAAAGUAUCAUAAACGGUACAUCUUGCCAGGAGAGACCAACAGUGGUGCUAAUCAUUCCAAGUCAAGUUAUUACGGUUGCAGUAUAGAUGAUGAAGAUGAAUGGCACCAAUUUAGAAAUGCAGUUCGAGCAACCAUUAAAGAAACACCUCCGGAACCACCAAUGAGGAAUGGCCACCGUUCUCAACCACCUUCUCCGAGAGUGUCCCAGUUACCCGGAAGUUUUUCAUUCUCAGGCACCUUACCUAAGAAAGAAUUAGAUAAGCGAACGGUAUCACCACAUCGAUUUCCCCUCUUGCGUACAGCAUCUUUUGCUAGUCGUCAAAGUACGCCCAAGAAAUCCAGGCCAACAACUCCAAAUCCAAGUAGACCAACCACUCCAAAUGCUUCCUUUGGAAGACAGUUCCCGUCAGAACCUCGGAAAUCAGCUUCAAUGAGGAUUGAUCAUCCUCAAAGAGGAGGAAGUCCUAGAGAUGGUGAGAACAACCCUAGCAAAAGUAAACGCCUCCUAAAGUCGUUGCUUAGCCGGAGAAAGUCCAAGAAAGAUGAUUUGCUAUACACUUACUUAGAUGAGUACUAA